AUGGGUCAGAGCCCAUCAGGCGGGAUGAACCGCCAGGGCUUACCGGGAGACCGGAAGCCCAACAGCGGCGACAAGAAAGGAAAGAAGUUCGAACCGGCGCCACCCCCGGUCCGAGUUGGCCGGAAGCAACGCAAGCAAAAGGGGCCCGAGGCGGCUGCUCGGUUACCUAGAGUGACACCUUCGACCAAGUCCAAGCUAAGACUUCUCAAACUGGAGAGAGUGAAAGAUUAUCUUUUGAUGGAAGAAGAGUUCGUCACCAGUCAGGAACGGCUUAAGCCUCAAGAGCACAAGGCAGAGGAGGAUCGGUCCAAGGUGGACGAGCUGCGUGGGUCGCCGAUGAGCGUUGGAAACUUGGAGGAGUUAAUCGAUGAGAAUCACGCCAUCGUUUCUACUUCGGUUGGGCCAGAGUAUUACGUGGGUAUUUUGUCCUUGGUUGAUAAAGAUCAGCUGGAGCCUGGCUGUGCUAUUUUGAUGCACAAUAAGGUUCUUUCGGUGGUGGGGUUACUGCAAGAUGAAGUUGAUCCAAUGGUGUCUGUGAUGAAAGUGGAUAAGGCUCCAUUAGAAUCAUAUUCUGAUAUAGGAGGGUUAGAUGCCCAGAUACAGGAGAUUAAAGAAGCAGUUGAGCUACCUCUUACUCAUCCCGAGCUCUAUGAAGACAUCGGCAUCAAACCCCCAAAGGGUGUCAUCUUGUACGGUGCACCAGGCACAGGGAAGACAUUGCUUGCCAAGGCAGUAGCUAAUUCUACAUCAGCCACCUUCUUACGCGUAGUGGGGAGUGAACUAAUUCAAAAGUACCUGGGAGAUGGUCCGAAGUUAGUGAGGGAGCUUUUCAAAGUUGCAGAUGACCUCUCACCUUCCAUCGUCUUCAUCGAUGAGAUUGAUGCCAUUGGUACAAAGAGGUAUGAAGCUCAGUCGGGUGGUGAACGUGAAAUUCAGAGGACGAUGUUGGAGCUGCUAAACCAAUUAGACGGGUUUGAUUCACGAGCAGAUGUUAAAGUUAUUCUUGCAACAAACAGAAUUGAAUGUCUUGAUCCAGCUUUACUUCGUCCUGGUCGGAUAGAUAGAAAGGUUGAGUUUCCACUUCCAGAUAUCAAAACAAGGAGGCAUAUUUUCCAGAUACAUACAUCAAAAAUGACGUUGGCAGAUGAUGUCAACCUGGAAGAAUUUGUCACGACUAGAGAAGAGUUGUCUGGAGCUGAUAUAAAGGCAAUAUGUACAGAAGCUGGUUUGCUUGCCUUGAGAGAGCGCCGCAUGAAGGUGAUGCAUGAGGACUUCAAGAAGGCGAAGGAAAAGGUGAUGUUCAAGAAGAAAGAAGGGGUUCCUGAAGGGCUUUACAUGUGA